UUUUUUUGUUUUUCCUCAGCCAGUCCGCAUCUCUCGUCAUGCGAGGGACUGCCUGUUAACAUCCGGCUAGGUCGCGCAGCUCGGUUUUCGCUGCUUAGAUUCGCGGGGGCGGCGGCGCCCGGCGGGAGACUCUUUUUCAUGGCGGAAGCUUUCGCGGACCGCGGACGCUUCACGACGGGGGGAGGGGCUGUGCGUCCAAGAUGGCGGCGCCCUGUAGGCUGGAGGGACUGUGAGGUAAACAGCUGAGGGGGAGGAGACGGUGGGGACCAUGAGAGACACCAGGUUGAGGACACUGGAAACUGAAGUUCCAGUUACCCCCGGAACAGUCUGGUAGUGGCCCUGAUGAAGAGCUGGCGGAGCUUUUAAUGCACGUCCUGGAGCCAGCACAGCACAGGGGCGAGAGAGGAUGGCCCAGCCCACAAACGUUGGGGAACUGCUCUCCAUGCUGGAUUCGCCCACGCUGGGUGUGCGGAACGAUGUGACAGCUGUCUUUAAAGAGAACCUCAACUCCGACCGAGGGCCUAUGCUCGUGAACACGUUGGUGGACUAUUACCUGGAAACCAGCUCCCAGCCGGUGUUGCACAUCCUGACUACCUUGCAAGAGCCACACGACAAGCACCUUUUGGACAAAAUCAAUGAGUACGUGGGCAAAGCCGCCACCCGAUUGUCCAUCCUCUUGUUGCUGGGCCACGUCGUGAGGCGGCAGCCGUCAUGGAAGCACAAGCUCUCUCAGGCGCCUCUUCUGCCUUCUCUGCUGAAAUGUCUCAAGGUAGACACUGAUGUUGUCGUGCUCACAACAGGCGUCUUGGUGUUGAUCACCAUGCUGCCGAUGAUCCCACAGUCCGGGAAGCAGCAUCUGCUUGAUUUCUUUGAUAUCUUUGGCCGUCUUUCAUCAUGGUGUCUGAAGAAACCAGGCCACGUGACGGAAAUCUACCUUGUCCAUCUCCAUGCCAGUGUUUAUGCCCUCUUCCAUCGUCUUUAUGGGAUGUACCCCUGCAACUUCGUCUCCUUUCUGCGUUCUCACUACAGCAUGAAGGAAAACCUGGAGACUUUUGAAGAAGUGGUCAAGCCAAUGAUGGAGCAUGUGCGAAUUCACCCUGAAUUAGUGACUGGAUCCAAGGACCAUGAACUGGACCCUCGAAGGUGGAAGAAAUUAGAUACUCAUGAUGUUGUCAUAGAAUGUGCCAAAAUCUCUCUGGACCCUACAGAAGCCUCCUAUGAAGACGGCUACUCGGUGUGCCAUCAGCUGUCCACCCGCUUCCCUCACCGCCCCGCAGAUGCCACCUCCAGCCCUUACGUCGACACACAGAACAGCUGUGGGAAUGCUACUUCCACCCCUUGCUCCGCCUGCCGGCCGACGCUCUUCAGCACACCAGGGCAGCUAGCGCCGGGGCUGAGUCUCCCGUCCACACAGCCGUUACCUGAGCCGCCACAACCUGUUCUUUGGAGCCCAUCUGUGGUUUGUGGUAUGACCACUCCCCCAACAUCUCCUGGAAAUGUCCCACCUGAUCUGUCACACCCAUAUAGUAAAGUCUUCGGCACAACUGGUGGCAAGGGGACUCCCCUGGGCACCCCCGCAACGUCUCCCCCCCCAGCCCCGCUCUGCCAUCCAGAUGACUACAUGCACAUCUCACUCCCCCAGGUCUCAGCCAUACCCCACCGGAAGGAAGAGAGAGCAGAGUCUGCGCGGCCGUGUCUCCACAGACAGCCCCAUCUCCCGAACGACAGAGGGCCUGAAGAGCUGCCCAGCGGCCAGGGCUCUGUCACUCUGAGUGACCUGCAGGAAUUCCUAGGUGACCUGGCCUCCGAGGAAGACAGUGUUGAAAAAGCUAAGGAAGAAGCUGCCAUAUCUAAAGAGCUUUCUGAGAUCACCACUGCAGAGGCGGAGCCUGUGGGUCCUCGCGGGGGCUUUGACUCUCCCUUCUACCGGGACAGCCUCUUGGGUUCUCAGCGGAAGACGCACUCGGCUGCCUCCGGGACGCAGGGCUCCAGCGCAAACCCCGAGCCUUUACACUCCUCUCUGGACAAGCUCGGGCCCGACACACCAAAGCAAGCCUUUACCCCUAUAGAUCUACCCUGCGGCAGAGCCGACGCCAGCCCUGCUGAGGACAGGGACCGCCAGGCUUCCUUGGAGACCAGCAUCUUCACUCCCAGCCCAUGCAAAAUUCCACCCAGGAGGGGAGCGGACUUUGGAAGCGGGCAGCCUCCCCCGUAUGAUCAUCUCUUUGAGAUGGCCUUGCCAAAGACUGCCUGCCACUUUGUCAGCAGGAAGACUGAGGAGCUGUUAAGGAAAGCAAAAGGAAGCCCCGAGGAAGACCCCACGCCCUCUACCUCCCCAAUGGAAGUACUGGAUAGACUGAUACAGCAGGGUGCAGACGCACACAGCAAGGAGCUUAGCAAGUUGUCCUUACCCAGCAAGUCUGUCGACUGGACCCACUUCGGAGGCUCCCCGCCCUCGGAUGAGAUCCGCACCCUCCGAGACCAGCUGCUGUUACUGCACAACCAGUUACUCUAUGAGCGCUUUAAGAGGCAGCAGCACGCUCUGCGGAACAGACGGCUCCUCCGCAAGGUGAUCAGAGCAGCGGCUCUGGAGGAACACAAUGCUGCUAUGAAAGAUCAGCUGAAGCUCCAAGAAAAAGACAUCCAAAUAUGGAAGGUGAGUCUACAGAAAGAACAAGCCAGGUACAGUCAGCUGCAGGAGCAGCGUGACACCGUGGUGACCCAUCUCCACAGCCAGAUCAGACAGCUGCAGCACGACCGAGAAGAAUUCUACAACCAGAGCCAGGAGUUACAGACGAAGCUGGAGGACUGCAGGAACAUGAUCUCUGAGCUCCGCGUGGAGCUGAAGAAGGCCAACAACAAGGUGUGCCACACGGAGCUGCUGCUCAGCCAGGUCUCCCAGAAGCUCUCCAAUAGCGAGUCAGUGCAGCAGCAGAUGGAGUUCCUGAACAGGCAGCUGCUGGUGCUCGGGGAGGUCAAUGAGCUGUACCUGGAGCAGCUGCAGAACAAGCAUGCAGACACCGCCGAGGAAGUGGAACUGAUGAGAGCUGCGUAUCGGAAGGAACUAGAGAAAAGCAGGAGCCACGCUCUCCAGCAGAAUCAGAGACUCGACACAUCCCAGAAGCGGGUUUUGGAACUGGAAUCUCAUCUGGCCAAGAAAGACCACCUUCUCCUGGAGCAGAAGAAGUACCUGGAGGAUGUCAAGUCCCAGGCAAGAGGACAGCUGCAGGCUGCAGAGAGCAGGUACGAGGCUCAGAAGAGGAUCACCCAAGUGCUUGAGUUGGAGAUCUUAGACUUGUACAGCAGGCUGGAGAAAGACGGCCUCCUGCAUAGGCUCCAAGAGGAAAAGGCGGAAGCGGCAGAAGCUGCAGAAGAAAGGCUUGACUGUUGCAAUGAUGGCUGCUCAGAUUCUGUGGAAGGGCGCAAUGAAGAGGCGUCUGGGCACAACGGUGAAGCCAAGACUCCCAGGCUUGGCAGCGUGCGGGGGAGCAGUGGAGGCCGAGGAGCCGGAGGUGGCGGCGGUGGCAGCAGCAGCAGCAGCGAGCUGUCCACCCCGGAGAAACCCCCAAGCCAGAGGGUGGGCCCCUUUGGUAGUCGGAGGGAAGCUGCCCUGGGCGAGCCCAGCCCCGGCAUCCCAACCGUCGGUUCACUGCCCAGUUCAAAAAGCUUUUUGGGCAUGAGGGCUCGAGAGUUGUUUCGAAACAAGAGUGAGAGCCAGUGUGAUGAGGACUGCACGGCCAUCUGCAGCCUCCCUGAGAGCCUGAAGGCGGAGCUCGGCAAAGACUCAGAUGUGGAGGCCAGGCCUGCUCUGAACCUGGACGGCCCGCACCCUUCUCCCCCGAGUCUGGACAGCGUGGGGCAGCUCCGAAUCAUGGACUACAACGAGGCCCACCACGAACACAGCUAAGGGGUUCAGUCAGUGUUAAUCUGCGUCUUGUUGGCAUAGAGCAGGAGGUGUGAAUGCAUGUCCAGGCCUUCCCGUCCCUGGGGCUGAGUGGCUGCUCACGUGUGGAAGUGGGAGAGUGAUGCGGAACGGUUUGCAGGUCUGACAUUGAGAUGCCUCUUGGCCUCCCCUCACCCUUGCCCUGAAGCUUUCUUUACCGUCAGUGUGUACUAACCGAGGGCCAGUGGGUGCUCUUCACAGCUUUAUUUUCUUCCUCCCCCAUGGUUACGUCCUUGAACCUGUGCAAUACGAGGCCAAAUCCCACCUUUGAGUCUGCUGCCCUCUGCUUUCCUGACGCUCAGAUCGCUAGGUGGUUCCCGGUCAGACCGGGCAGGUGGUGGCCACAGGUAAGUCUGAUCUGUCCCUUCUGUGAGAUGUGGCCUGCAGAGCAGAUCAUCUUUGUGAGAGCAUCUGGGGGGGCCUUUCCCUGUGUUUGGAUCCUAAAGUGCAGCGUCUGCAGCAGCAGAUCUAGAAAACAGUGGUUGGCUCAUCCCUCCAUCCUUUGGCGGUUCCGAUCCACUCCGAGCAGGUUCCCUGUGGACAGGCGCCUGUUGUUUCCUGAGUGUAGCCGGCACUGUGGAGGCCACCCCUCCUCAUCCCUACUCCUGUCCCCGUCCCUCCUUCCCCCACUACCUCUUAUUUAUUUGGUGUUUGCUUGAAUGCCGGUACCACGCUGAGCCUGUGCAAGUGGGGGCGUAGGUGUGUGCCCCAGGCAGCAGGGGGAGUCCCUCAGAGAGGUCCCCGGAGCUCCCUGGGUGGGAGCGGUGCCCUUGACUGGGUCAGCUGCUGAGCCUUUGGGUUAGCCCUUUGGUCUGGCUGCCUUCCCUGGAGCUCCCUGUGCCUCAUUUGUGUCACCUGCUUUGUGACACUGCAGCAGAGAGGCCAAGAAGGUCCAAAGCUGCUUCAGAGCUCCUGUGACCAUUUUUCAGGCUGGGGUUGCCCCACCACAGUUUGUCAGUUAUAAGUCCCCGAAAAGGUUGCCCCUUUUUCACACCGUUACUACCAGGGCCAGUGGUCUCGGGAGUUUGACGUUGUCACCUGGCCUACAAUAGGGAUUGUAGUGCCCAAGAGCGUGCUGGCAAAGGCCAACUGCCUGUACCCACUGGGCUGCACCACAUUGUCAUGGAGGUGCCACCAGUCAGACUCUGAUGUCAGGGAAUCCACACCCAACAACUGCACCUGAGUAAGAAGAGCUAGAAGCCUGAAAGCUGAUGUCUAGUAGUCCAGCCCAGGGGAAACUCGGCGGAAAGGAGCCCUGUUUCUGUUCUUUAGAGAAAAGAAGGGUUCAACCAUAAAGCAAAAGAAACCAACGGUACGAAACUGGCACACUCUGUGGGAGCCUCCAGCACCUGAGGGGCAGGCUGUGCCUUUUCUCAGUGUGGCAGGAAGGACCUCAGCAUCUAGACCCACGGGAGCCAGCCCGACGGAGACUCGGUGCUGCCAUGGCAACUGGGGGUAUGAGCCGACAGGCAACCUGGGGGAGGGCGUGGCCCUGCCCUCCGCACACAGAGCCCAGGGCUGCAGGCUGUCCCUGGAGCCCCAGCAAGGCCAGGCCUGUAUCCAGUGUAGGGUGCAGGGCAGCCAGGCCUCCUGCUCCGGCACUGGACAAGAGUGACGUGAACAGGAAGGAAGCAGGACAAGUUAGCAAGUGACGUCAGUGUGGAAUGCUCUCCUGUUCUCCCAAGUCCAAGACAUCUGGGCCACAGAACAAAGCUGCCAGCCACUGUGUCAGAGCCUUUUCCUUAAUUAGCAGAGGAAAACGUAAGAAAGAAAAAUCUAUUUUGAAGGCUGAUGGAUUGUGAAGGGGGCAGCAUGGGGGUGGGGAGGUGCUGUGGCGACUGCUCGGGUGCUGCGCACGGCUUCCCUGCCCCGGCUGUCUGUCCCCCCAGCUCUGCGGCCCAGUGGGCCUGGGCCUCACUACUCACAGCCCUUGCUGUAGAGGAGGCCGUGGCUUUAGUUAGCUGAGCUGCAGAGAAAUGGGCAACUUGGAGCCACAGGGAAGUCUCUGCUGCACUGGUGGGCUUACAUGGUGCAGAAGACUCCGAGGUCGACUUGAGAGCUCACACUCUUUCCUGCCGAGAGCCGUGUGCUGCUAGAUACUGCAUCAGUCACCGGUGCUGGGGCAGGCGGCGUAAACACAGGAAGGUGACAGGUCAGAGAAGGUGACAGGCCCAAGAGGCACAGAGGCCUGCACACAGAAAUGAGGCAGCUCAUGGGGCAACAGAGCCUGUCUUGACGCUGGCUGAGGCGCCUGGGGUCUGUGGUGCUGGCACUGGGUGGCCUCUGGCAUGAUUGCUGUGAUCCUACACUGUGAUCCCAUGCUGCGGGGGUGAGAUGUGAGACUUCCACCCCUCCUGACGCCACCAGGGUCAUCAGGACUGCAGGGAGCCUAGGUCUGUGUCUCAGGCCGCCCCGCAUCUGUUUAAAAAGCGCUGCAGUGUGGUCUGGGGUGCAGGGGAAGGAGGAAGUAAGCUCCUGAGCAGCUGCAGGAACCUCUGUGGGCUUCUAGAUGCUCCUGGUAGGCGCUGCCAUAAGGGUGUAAAAACUGUUUCUGUGGAGCUGGGAGAAGUGUAUGGUGAUGAGUCUGCGGAGAGGCUUGAGAGGAGGUGGUGUUGGGGCGUUCCUUGGCUCCAGAGGUUCCAAGAGGGCCCUUGGAAGUGAGUGCUCAGAUAGCAUCACCAAGGCGAGGCCUGUGACUACUCUAGGUUUCCGCAGCUUCCGGGGAAGGCGCCGCCUGGCUAUGGGGAGCGUGCUGCAUGUGGUGUGGUUGGGCCAGCGGCCCUGUGUCACCCAGGAGAAGCUGAAAGCCACUGACGGUCAGAGAACGUGGCCUCCUCCUGACCUUCCCACUACAGUCAGAGGCCAGAACUGCCUGGGCCAAAAAAGCAGCAAACCCCCAGACUGAGUGUCGAGCAGCCUGUAGCUCCCAGCGCCUUUGUUGAGAUGGAAACAGCCAUUGCUGGAAGAGGGCACAGUGGCCUUGGGGGGAUGCGCCAUGGCUGGACCGCAGAGCUCACAGUGGUGUUAGGGGGAGGAAGGUGGGUGUGUGUCCCCGCUGACGGUAAAGUGAGUGUGCUGUGGCCAGCUGAGGGAACUGUCCUCGGAGUACCAGAGCCUAUCCUGAAGCCCGAGAGGACUGGAGGGCAGACGGAAGUACUGGUGGUGGUGGUUCCUGCUGAGCACGAAGUGGGCGGGAGGCAGUAUGGACCGGUCGGGAAGAUAUGGGCACAGCACAAGCUCCGCCCCAUGGUAGAGGAUGCCCCUGGGAAGCUGGCAUCCGAGGGUGCAGAGCCCCAGGCCAUGCCCUGCAGGGACCUCCCCUUCGCUCUCCAAGGUGCAGGCUCUGAAGUUGGUUCCCAUGAGUGUUGGAAAGAGCCCAGUCUGACAUGCAGAGCCCUGGGCUCCGCGUCCCCCCACCCCUGACUGCUGCAGUCACCGUGCGCUCAGCACUUCCGUAGGUAAAGAGCAGGUUAGGUCAGGGCCUGGCCCUUAGGCUGCUCCUGGGACCUGGUUCCCAGGUUGCUUGUUGUCUCCCAGCCUCCCCAGCCAGCUGGGGCCGCUGGCGUGUUCGUCUUUGCUGCGCUGUCCUGCAGGCUGUAAGCACUCGUGAGAGAAGAGUGGCUGCAACCACAGGGACCCCUCCCCAGUUCCCUGCAAGCACCCUCUCCACCCUCCCUGCACCCCCGACCACUUUUGGCUAUGCGAUGAGUGAAUGAAGCCCCAGGCGCUUUGUGGCCAUCCCGGUGCUGUCAUCCUCCCCCCGGGAGGAGGAGCCUGUGGGGCCCUUAGACUAGAUCCUGUAGUGGAGACCGCCAGGACCCCACACACCUUGCAUAGUGCUGGACCAGGAGGGCGUGGUGCUGUGUAGCAUGCGCCGGCUCAUUUGUGAGGCGGCCAGGCACUUUGCACUAAGGAGAAUCAGUGAUCUCUCCCUAGAGAACGUCUGUGGACCACAAGCGCAUUACAGAGGGACAGGUUUGCUAAGCUGAAAUCUAGUUUUAUAAGUCAAUCAUGGAUGAACCAUAUGUGGGUAACGAGUUUAAAGGGAUCUCAUCAGUGAGAAGAACUCGACUUUUUAAACAGACUGCUUUUAGUUAAAUGGACGAAAGUCACUUCUUGUCACAAGGUUUAAACUUUGCUGCCUUGAUCUUAAAAGCAUGUUAAACAGUCCACCUCAGAUGCCAUAAAUAUGAAUUGCAAGAGAACCUGGUACAAUCUCAGUGAGGGGAAGCUGGGCUCAGAAGGGGGUGCUGUCCUUCUUAGGUGUUCUGCAGUGUCAAGGCAGUUGCUUGUGUUUAACUGUGAACAAAUAAAAUUUAUCGUUUUGCACUA